GUUCCGUUAGAAAUGGACGACACAGUUCAGCUCGCGGACGGCGGAUUCACAAAGAAUGUGGCUCGAUCCGGAAGAAGAGCUCGUCAGGCUGCAGAGAUUGAAGACUCGCGUCAGAGGAGAUCAUCUUCAUCACUAACCACUGCAACAGAGGGGCCACCACCUAAACCAGCACGCCGACAGGGAGGAUGGGCAGAGGAGAGCACAGGAACUGCAUCGGCCAAAUCAGGAAGACGAUUGGCUGCUGAAGAGCUGGAGGACCAUCGGUUAAGGCCGCAGACCCCUGAAGGCUCUGACAAUGAAAGUGAUAUCCCAGUGAUUCCAGACCUCGAGGAGGUUCAGGAUGAAGAUCUCACGAUGCAGAUAGCUGCUCCACCCAGUAUCCAGGUGAACAGGGUGAUGACCUACAGAGAUCUGGACAAUGACCUCAUGAAGUAUUCUGCUUUUCAGACACUGGAUGGAGAAAUCGACCUGAAACUUCUCACGAAGGUUUUAGCCUCAGAGCAGGAGGUGAGAGAGGAGGAUGUUGGGUGGGAUUGGGAUCAUCUGUUCACAGAGGUCUCGUCUGAACUCCAGACGGAAUGGGAUCAAGGAGAGCGUGAGGAGCAGUCUCCCCUUCCUGUGAGCUGAGAAUAGACAUGUGUGUUUGUACACUCAAGGAUUGUUCACAUUGAAUGUGUUUUGUAUAAAAUCAUAACAACUUUAAAUAAAGAAGUAUCUGUAAAUAAUGCACAACAUCAUAAAUACUCUGCUAGAAUACAUUUUAAAUAAUUCACCAAUCUUUACCUCAGAUAAUAAAGCUCUUUAUUGUAUUGGUCAAUUUUAAAAGGGUCACGACAUGCAAGAUUUUUUUUCUUACAAAACAAUGUUGUAUUAUGUGACCUUUUUCUAGCCUGUGUUUAGACCUCUGAAACCCUUUUUCUGUGUACUUCACCUUUAAAACUCGCCCAUUGUUAUGAUUGGCUAACAUCAUUGAAAAGCAAACACCCUCCCACCAUUACAGGUGUGGAGCUAACCGUUACGAAAACGUUGCAAGCGGUUUACAAAAUUCCCUAAAAGCACUCAGUCCACUCAGUCAUUGAUAUGAAGUUUUGUCCCAAUUUAUGUAAAGCACACAAUCAAACAGUUGAUCGACUGAAACAUCAAUAUAAAAGUGAACAAAAUGGUCACACUGUUUCUCUCCAAUACUUUUUAGUGAUAAAAUAACGCCAUUUAAACAUUGAAAAUAGUUGAACACAAGCUGUGAAUGUGAAGGGUUCAUAAAUGUGUAUCAAGCUGUAGGAAGUGUAAUAAGGGACUGGCGACCCAGGGAUUCCUCUCUCUGAUCUCCCAGCUUCAAUACGCAUCCCAUGUCAGGAAAUAAGCGAUGUUCGCCGGCUGAGGAAACUCCCUCGAUAAAUGCGUUUAUUUCAGCCAAAAUGCAUGACAUCAUGGCUAUAACGAGACAGAUGAGAAAGCAGGCCUUACUAUCUUAUACUUUGUUUUUAGUUGUGCUCUGAAUUGUUCUGCCAUGCUUAGAUCACUUAAUCUUAAAUCAAUAUCACGUGAGGUACUAUAUAUAUUUCUUUAAGUAACCGUGUAAUAAGCACAGUCUGCUCCCCUUUGGAGUCGUGAUCAUGGUUUAUUUUGUGAUAAAAGCAGCUGACUAUAUAUUAAAAGAUGUAGCAGUGCCAACAAUAUUGUUGGCAGGAAUGCCAAUGAGCAACAAGUGUAAUUCUGUCUGUGUUUGUUUGAUAUGUAAGAAUUGUAAAUUUCCUUUCAAAGCCAGAAUCCUUGGUUCUCCGAAGAAUUCAUCCAUGAUUCCAAAGAAUCCAAACAUUUAUUCUCAAAUUAAUGUAUUCAGCAUGCGUUUCUAUCCUCAAAUGCUGUUCUUAUUGAAUGUGUUUGUUUGUUGGCGAUAUCACACAGCUUUGAGUUUUUCUCAUUAAGGUUAACCUUGCAAACCCAGAAACAUAGUUUCUCGUAACUGGAUCAAUGUGGAGACAUGGAGAAAGUGUGAAUCCAAGGUUAAUGAUUAGGUAAACUGAAAUCCAGUUGAUUGAGUUAAAAUGAACUUUGCUCAUCAGAGCGACCCGGCCUUAUCAUUAUUGAGCACAGACAUCGACCAACGCAGCUCACCGACAGCUUUAAAUCUCGUUGAGCUCAGUCCUUGAGUUUCUAUCUUGACAUGAGGGUUAACAUGAUGAAAUGUCUGAUUUACAUGUACAAGUGGUUUGUCAUUAAAU